CAUAUAGCAAUACGGAAGUGAAACUACCGCUUUAUACCUGAUUCAAAGUAAUGGUAGUACUUGCGCGGCCUAUCUCCUGUCCCGAGCAAAUACGUCCUUUAUCUAGUUUUGCACUGGUUAAAACUAUUUAGAAAAUACAGAAAUAUAUCGCCAUUCAGUUGUCUGGUGUUCUGUAUCUCGACCAGGUGAAUAACUAUAAUUUGUUUUGCAGUGCUGCGCUAAGAAAGAAGAAAAACUUUUAAGCAUUUAACGUUAUUCUGUGUCUUUACUUGCUAUUAUGGAUCAAUAUUCAUUAGUAAAAGUCAUUGGCCAAGGGUCUUUCGGUCGAGCUCUUUUGGUUCAGCCAAUAAACGGAGAGCAAAAUUAUGUUAUGAAGGAAAUACGACUGCCAAAGGCUGAUUCUGGGAUAAGAAACAGCAGAAGAGAAGCUGUGCUUCUGUCCAGAAUGAAGCAUUCAAACGUUGUGGCAUUCAAAGACUCAUUUGAAGCUGAUGGUCAUCUGUACAUUGUAAUGGAGUUCUGCAGUGGUGGAGAUCUUCUUCUAAGGAUACGGCAGCAAAAAAAUGUUCUGUUCACUGAGGAUGUGAUCCUGAAGUGGUUUGCACAGAUGUGUCUAGGCACCAAACACAUUCACGACAAGAGAGUACUUCACAGGGAUUUAAAAUCAAAGAAUAUUUUCUUGACAGACAGUGGAACUGUGAAGUUGGGGGAUUUUGGUUCAGCAUGUUCUCUUAACAGCGCAAAAGCAUACGCUCAGACCUAUGUGGGUACUCCAUAUUAUGUGUCUCCAGAAAUAUGGGACAACAAACCUUACAAUAAUAAAAGUGACGUCUGGUCUCUUGGCUGUGUCUUGUAUGAACUUUGCACACUCCAACAUCCGUUUCAGUCAAGUAGCUGGAAGAGCCUGAUCUUGAAGGUGUGUCGUGGGGCAUAUGCACCUUUACCCAGUCACUUCUCCUAUGAGCUCCACUACCUCAUCAAAAACAUGUUCAAGACUAACCCUAAAGACAGACCCUCAGUACACACAAUCCUUAGCUCUCACCGUGUGUCUCGACUGCUGCAUAAACACCUGGUACCAGAGAAAAAGGAACUGGUGCAAGAACGAACACACCACUGGAAGAGAGAGGAAGGAGAAAAAAUGGCAAUGUUUUUAGGACAGAAGAGUUUAGUGACCACAACUUCCACUGAAGGAACUAUGCAAGAAGAACAGUCUACUUUGGAAAACAACUGCAUUGAUGACCCAGCUUCUCGUAAGAGGUGGGCAGUCGGAACUUGUAAUACCGUGCUGGGAGUCCUAAGAAAUGCUGAUAUCAUUUCCACUGGUAGCAUGGAAAAUGCAGAACAGACUGAUCUUAUUUCAGAGGCUGAGUAUGUGGAGACCCAGGAAAGACGAGUGAGGAAACAGUGGGACAAAGAUCCACCUGAGAGACUCAUGAGCAUUCUGGAGAAAGUGCAGCUCUGUUAUGGCUUCGAGACUUACACUUUACAUAGAGAUGGUCAGUUGAGCAUGGAGACAAAGUGGAUGGCCCUGAGAUGAUGAUCACAGACUACAGUAGACUGGAGCCACGCUCAGAUGAUGAAGAUACGGAUUUUGAAGAGGAGUGUCCAUAUGACUGGAUAAAUGAACUGGAGGAAAUGAUGAGCUAGAGAAACUUAAGUGAGUUAUUGUAUGUGUUGUACUUGUACAUACCUUUUUUUUUUAUUCACUUUUUAUAUAUAGAGUUUAUAUAUACACAUCAUUUUAUCUAGAGAUUGGGUUUAGUUUAUUUUGAAGAUUAAGACACUUUAUGUGUGAUCAAACAUGCUCUUUUCAUAAUGAUAAAAAAGAAGCUGGAAAAGUUGAGUGACUAAAACAAAACAAAGAAAUGCGUAUUGAAUCUCGCUGGUCAUAAACAGGACUGGGUCAUAUUUCACUUGAAAAUCAAAAGAAAACAAUUAAUCAUGAUUCGCCUAAAAAGACUAGAUUUAAUUUAUGCAAAUUAUAAUUUCUCUCUCUCUUUUUAAAAUGUUUUAUUUUAAUUUUUUGGAUGUAAACUUUCGACCCACUUC